AUGCUGCCAGCGCCCCUCGCCGCCGUGCUGCUCCUCCCCCUAGUCCUCGCGCUGCUCCCAGCGGGCGGGCGAUGCCAGCAGGGCGAUGACAACCCCGGCCCCGUCGUGCGCGACCGCGCUCUGCCGCCGUCGGCCUCGUCCGCCGCCACGGCGGCGCUCAUGGCCAGGAUGAACACCGUCAGCCGCGAGCUCGCCGACGAGGUGCAGAGCAAGUACGGCUUCUGCAUGUCCAGCGUGAACAAUGAUUUCGACCAGACGUUCGACCUCACCUCCGAUCCGAGCUUCAUCUCGGAGUGCAAUGAGCAAACCCAAGGGAGAUUGGUUGCGAUGAUGUGCAGGAAAGCUGAAAUAGAGUUAUAUCUCAGCAGCUUGGGAAGCAAGAGCAGUGUAAGGAUUAGUAGGAAUUGCAAUCAGUUCUCAUGGGCACCUGGGUGCCAAUCUGGCUGGGCUUGCUCAACCCAGGACACGAACUCAUUCGCAAACAACUCAUUUGAAAACCCGGUUCCGUCCAGAGCAGAGAAUUGCAGGCCAUGCUGUCCAGGUUUCUUCUGCCCUCGUGGACUGACUUGCAUGAUGCCUUGUCCUUUGGGUGCUUAUUGUCCUCUUGGGACACUGAAUAAAACUACCAACCUUUGUGACCCGUAUUCUUACCAAAUAACUCCCGGAUCAAACCAGACAUGCGGCAGUGCAGAUACUUGGGCUGAUGUGAUUACUACCAAUGAUGUCUUCUGCACUCCAGGGCACCAUUGCCCAACCACUACCCAAAAACUUAACUGCAGCAAGGGGUCCUAUUGCAGGAAAGGUGCCACUGGUGAAAAUAAGUGUAGAUGGAAAGGCGGGUGUAAGGAGAAUUCAGAAAAAGAAGAAAUCGCUUUGUUUGGUGGCAUACUGAUUGUUGUCUUAAUUGUCAUUUUACUACUGGUGUACAAUUGCUCUGAUCAAUUCAUUGCAGUUCGAGCUAAAAUUUUAUCGAAGUCUCGUAAAAAGGCAGCAAAGAUUGCGCAAGAAUCAGCAACAGCACGGAAAAGAUGGAAAUUAGCAAAAGAACUUGUACUAAGGCAUGAGAUGGAAAUGUAUGAGUCUUCUGAUGCACCUGAGGAAUUAGCUACAUCAUCUGAUGGGAUACUACAUGCUGAUAAAGGUAAUGGUAAGAGAUCAAAAAAUCGCAGAAAGCUAAAUGUUCGCACUGAAAGGUUCAGACGUGCAUAUAGUCAGAUUGACAAGGAAAGAGCUCUGCAGCUAGACAAAGACAAAUUAACACUCGCUGGAAUAGUGUCUCGAGCUGCUGAAAACAGACCACAGAGGCCAAUGCUUGAGGUGGCCUUCAAAGCUCUGACAUUAUCCAUUGGGAAAAAGAAACUUCUACAAUGCGUUACUGGAAAACUUUCACCAGGUAGGAUAACGGCUAUUAUGGGUCCUUCUGGAGCAGGAAAGACCACAUUUCUCAACGCUGUGUUAGGCAAAACAUCAGGCUAUAAGAAGGAUGGAUUGGUCCUUGUAAAUGGAAAAUCCGGAUCGAUGCAGUCAUAUAAGAAGAUAAUUGGUUUUGUUCCACAAGAUGAUAUCGUACAUGGAAACCUGACGGUUGAGGAAAAUCUGUGGUUUAGUGGACGCUGCAGGUUAAGCAAAAGCAUGUCAAAAGCUGAUAAGGUUCUCAUUCUAGAACGGGUUAUAGGGUCACUAGGGCUCCAAGAAAUCAGAAAUUCCCUUGUUGGGACAGUGGAAAAGCGGGGUAUUUCUGGCGGACAAAGGAAGCGUGUGAAUGUUGGGAUUGAAAUGGUUAUGGAACCAUCUCUUCUGAUAUUAGACGAGCCAACAACAGGCUUAGAUAGUGCUUCCUCCCAACAACUUCUAAGAGCUCUUCGUCAUGAGGCAUCCCAAGGCGUGAAUGUUUGCGCAGUGAUUCACCAACCAAGCUAUACUUUGUUCAGUAUGUUUGAUGACUUUGUUCUUUUGGCAAGAGGCGGCCUUAUUGCUUACCAUGGGCCUGUAAGUGAAGUUGAAAAUUAUUUCUCAGGCCUGGGGAUCAAGGUUCCUGACCGCGAGAAUCCUCCAGACUAUUAUAUUGACAUCUUAGAGGGAAUAGCAAAGACAAAAAUGAGCGGACAUGCCACUCCUAAACAUUUGCCACUUCUCUGGAUUCUGCAUAAUGGAUAUGAUGUUCCAGAAGAUAUGCGGAAGGACCUUGAGGAGAUCAAUAUGAUGCACGAGUUAUAUACUGUAGGGUCCAUUACUAGAGAACUAUCUUCUGUAGAACAGACAGAGAGUAAACAUUCUGUGCACCAAAAUGUCAGCCAAAGAAAUGAUUUACUGAAUAGGAAAACACCCGGUGUACUUGCACAAUACAGAUACUAUUUAGGGAGGGUAGCUAAGCAACGUCUACGUGAAGCUACGCAACAGGCUGUUGAUUACCUGAUAUUGUGUAUUGCUGGCAUAUGCAUUGGAACCAUCACAAAAGUAAACGAUGAUACACUCGGUGCAGCUUCUUAUGGGUAUACCAUAAUUGCAGUCUCACUGUUGUGCCAGCUUGCAGCACUGCGAUCAUUUUCACCAGAAAGAUUGCAAUACUGGAGGGAGAGAGAAUCUGGCAUGAGCUCUGUAGCUUACUUCCUUGCAAGAGACACUAUUGAUCAUUUCAACACCGUGGUUAAACCAAUUGUCUUCCUCUCAACAUUUUAUUUCUUCAACAAUCCACGGUCUACACUUGGAGAUAAUUAUUUGGUCUUGCUUGCGUUAGUUUACUGUGUAACUGGCAUAGGUUAUACUCUUGCAAUUUGGUUUGAGCUGGGGUUAGCUCAGUUGUGUUCUGCAUUGCUACCUGUGGUACUGGUCCUGGUGGGCACUGACCCAAAAUUUCCACAAUUUAUUAAACAAUUCUGCUAUCCCAAGUGGACACUAGAAGCUUUCAUUAUUGCUGGAGCAAAAGAGUAUUCUGGUGUAUGGCUGAUUACUCGAUGUGGAGCACUGCUAAAAGGUGGUUAUAAUAUCAAUUAUUUUGCAAUCUGCAUCGGCAUUAUGAUGCUUAAUGGUGUACUCUUCCGGUUUGUUGCUCUGCUUAGUCUGUUGAAGCUAAGAUAG